AUGAACACGUUUAUCAAAUUUGGUGGUAUUUCAUCAAAUCCACAUUAUAAUUGUGCAUCGAAAAAUGUCGAAACAUGGUUGGAAGAUGGUUUGAGAAGACCAGAACUGGGUUAUAGUCUAAUAAUUUUCGGAAUCUUCAUCGAAAUUUUGUAUAUUCCAUCGUUGAUCGCAAUCUUGAAGCGAAAUCUCUACGAAUUUUCUUGCUAUAAAUUCAUGUUUUUUCUUGGUGUUAUUGAUAUGACAGCCACAAUUAUUUGCUCAAUAAUCAGUGGAUAUUUAUUCAUCGAAGGUGCCGUAUUUUGCUCACAUCCCAAUCUUAUUUAUAUUUCUGGCGCAAUCGCAUUAGGUUUAUGGCUCUCCUGCGCUUCUCUAACAUUGUUUUUGGUCAUCAAUCGAAUCCUUGACAUACUUUAUCCCGAUGUAUCACAAAUAUUGUUCAAUGGCAACAAGACUUAUUGCUGGUUGGCUAUCUCAUUUACCUAUGGUUUCAUUGCCACGUGGUUCAGCCCGCCAAUUUGUUUCAAUUCAAAAAUUAUGGCAUGGAUAAAUAACCCACUGAUUUUUCGAGAGAAUGAUAUAGUAGAAGGAUAUUUUAAUUGGAUGCAAACCAUAAAUAAUAUCGUAUUUGUAUUCCUUGUCAUCAUUUUGUAUAGUAUUUAUUGCACAGUAGUUUGGAAACGUCAAAUGGGAUUUCAGAUGAGUGCCGGAAUGCAAAUAUUCAUGCAAGCCACGGUGAUUUGCUCGUUCAGCAGUUGUUCUGCACUUAUCUAUGUCGUCAUGAUGUUUAUCGAACCUCACCCGAUUAUAGUGCUUUUUGGCGAGUUAUUUUGGUCGAUUAUGCAUGGAAGUCCGGCUUUUAUUUAUUUGAUAUUUAAUAGAAGUGUGAAGAAUGAGAUAAGGAGUUGGUUCCAAAAAACGAGUUGUUGA